AUGGUGGUGAUGAUGAUGAUGGUGAUGAUGAUGAUGAUGGGUGCCCUGGGCCUCUGGAUGACCUCCUCCGCUGAAUCACUGCUGUUCAGGCGCUUCAGAUGGAUGCGGCUUCUUAUCACUCAGGCGACAGCGGAAGAUGAUGACGAGGGGGGAGAUGAGAACAAGGCCAGAGGAAACUGGUCCAAUAAACUGGAUUUUAUUCUGUCCAUGGUUGGCUAUGCGGUGGGACUGGGGAACGUGUGGAGGUUCCCUUAUCUCGCCUUCCAAAAUGGUGGAGGGGCGUUUUUGAUCCCCUACCUGACAAUGUUGGGCAUUGCCGGAAUCCCAAUCUUUUUGCUGGAGGUGUCUCUGGGCCAGUUUGCCAGCCAGGGGCCCGUCUCAGUGUGGAAAUGCAUCCCAGCACUGCAAGGUUGCGGGAUUGCCAUGUUGAUAAUAUCUGUCUUGAUAGCCAUAUACUAUAAUAUUAUAAUGUGCUGGACACUGUACUACCUGUUCGCUUCGUUGAAGGGCUCACUGCCAUGGGCUAACUGUAGGAAUGAGUGGAACACGGUGGAAUGUAAGGACAAAGACAUGCUGCUGUUAGACACGUGCAUCCUGCGGGACAGAAACAUCACCUCCAUCAAGAACUCCACGUUCUGUCUGUCUGCGAAUGCUGUGGGAAAUCUGAGCAAACUGAUAAACAUGACUGUGGACGGCAACAAGACAUACGUCAGCCCCAGUGAGGAGUACUUCAAGUACAAUGUGUUGCACAUCUCUAAAGGAAUUGAAUAUCCAGGAGACAUCCGCUGGCCUCUGGCAGGCUGUCUGCUCCUGGCCUGGUUGAUCGUCUACGCCUCUUUAGCCAAAGGAAUCAAGUCAUCAGGAAAGGUGGUUUAUUUCACAGCCACAUUUCCCUAUGUGGUGUUGGUCAUUCUGCUGAUCAGAGGAGUGACCCUCCCCGGUGCCUUCGACGGAAUCCUCUACUUUAUCACACCAAAGUGGGAGAAACUGAACGAUGCGAAGGUGUGGAAAGACGCAGCCACUCAGAUCUUCUUCUCUCUGUCGGCUGCUUGGGGAGGCCUCAUCACUCUCUCUUCCUACAACAAGUUCCACAAUAACUGCUACAGGGAUACAAUUAUUGUGACAUGUACAAACAGUGCCACCAGUAUAUUUGCUGGGUUUGUCAUCUUCUCGGUCAUUGGUUUCAUGGCACAUGAGUUGAAAGUGCCGAUAGAGAAGGUGGCAGAUGAAGGUAAGAUACCUAAACCAGCAGGCAGCAGCAACAGGCCGGCGCUGCUCAUUAAAACACUCCUGAACAAGUUGAAUCUUCUUACCUGCUGUGGAGAAAGUGUGUGUUUUGCUACCAUUGAGACCAUCGUAACCUCUGUGUCAGACGAGUUCCCCAAAUACUUGAGGAAACACAAACCGCUCUUCACCCUGGUCUGCUGUGCCUGCUUCUUCGUCCUGGGAUUUCCCAUGAUCACAGAGAGUGGGAUGUUCAUGCUGCAGCUGGUGGAUACAUUCGCAGCCUCCUACUCUUUGGUCAUCAUUGCUAUCUGCGAGCUGGUGGGGAUUUCCUACCUGUACGGUCUGCAGAGGUUUUGCGAGGACAUUGAAAUGAUGAUUGGUUUCCAGCCAAACCGAUUCUGGAGAAUCUGCUGGGCCUUUGUGACUCCAACCAUUCUGACGGGCAUCCUGGUACUGAGUCUGUACCAGUGGAAGGGGAUGACCUACGAGGACUACACCUACCCCACCUGGUCCAUGGUUAUGGGCUGGCUCAUGGUCAUCUGUUCUGUCAUCUGGAUCCCAAUCAUGUUUGUCAUUAAGAUGUACCUCGCCCCCGGCAGCAUAAGCGAGCGUCUGAAGCUGGUCUGCUCCCCUCAGCCCGACUGGGGUCCUUUCCUGAUGAAGCACCGUGGGGAACGCUACAAGAACAUGAUGGACCCUCUGGGAACCAACUCCCUGGGGCUCAAACUGCCCCCCAAGGACUUCCAGCUCGGCUCCUACCAGUAGCAGCCACCCCAGCUGCACCACAUCCACCACCUUCAGCCCCAGCAGGGGGCACCGUGAGGGGGGCAACUUCCACCUCUUCUUCUCCCUCCUCCCCUCUCUCUUUCUCCUAUCCGUACUUCACCCUCUUUGCUUCCUGUCUUCCUCCCUGUAUCAUGGAUGUGGAAACAGGCUCCCUUUGUUCUUCCCUCUCUUCUUCCUCACCACUUCCUCUCUUCUGCCAGGGAGGAGUGGCUGCCCAGGUGGAGUCUACUCCUCCGCUGCUGCUUUGUACUCGGUUAAUGGGCUAUCAUUGCCUCCCACACAUGACCACUGAUUACUUCAGAACCCUUCCCAGGGAUCUUUAUUCCAAGAGAAAAAUUGUGUCAUAAAAUGACACAGCUCAGACUGCACUUGCAAUAUUAGACUCACCGUAGCUGCUCCCUAUGGAGUCGUGUGUGUAUGUGUGUUUGUGUGUGUGUGUGUUUGUGUGUGUGUGUGUGUGCCAUCAUAUUUGUGUGUAGAGAUAAUGAAUCAUCUUGGUGCAAGCAGACACAAAACAAAAAGAAAAUUGAGCGACAGCGGUUCAACGAGCUCGACGGGGAUCUGUGUUUUUGUUCCAUCUGUGUACAAAAUUCCAUUGGCGCUACAAAUAAUAUCAACUGCCUCGGGAAAAAAAAAGAAAAAAAACACAGUAUGCACUGGUAUCGCAUUUUGUUCCAGCAGUAUAUAUGUAUAUUCACAUUAGCUAUUGCUCAGUCGCUCUUGCUUUGUUAAAAAUAGAUUACAAGAUCUGCAAUUUGUGCCUCCUACGUCCCAGUAGAGUAGCGAAUGCAUCCUGAUUACCACUUUGAGUAGAUACACUUUGGCCUGGAUGACUCUGCAGUAUGAUAGAAGCUUGAGUCUAUUUUUUCUCUCCGAAUCUGAGGGACCAUUUGUGAUACCCUCUCUCUUUAUCUAUUUAUUGAGCCGUAUACCUGUUAUCCUCUAUUGUAUUAUCCUAUAAUGUAAAGUAGCACAUUCCUAAUGUAGGUAACCACUAGAGUAGUCUAUCCUUCCUUUAGUAGGUGAUAACGUGGCCAUUUAACCUUUUUAGGUCUUGAAAGGUGACCUGAUAGUCACUUUGUGCAUAUAUUUUAGAUGGUGCGUUUAUGUGUUGUGAACUUGUCAAGCCAUCUGUGAAAACCAUCUUUACAAUGUACAUUACAUCAGUAGAGUAACAGUAUAAAGUAUAUAAAUAUAUAUGUGUAUAUAUAUGUAUAUAUAUACUUUAUACAUAUAGAGUUAUAUAUGUAUAGCAUCAUCGGAGGAGAGAGCUAGCAAGAUGGAGAUUGAGAAUGUGUGUGUGAGUGUAUUUCAUGUCUCUCUGAACCACGUUUCUCUUGCUAGCUGGAUAAUAUCUUGUACAAUGUGUACACUUCUUAAAAAAAAUCUUCAAGCUGUACGUGUGUGUGUUGUCGCGUCCUCAUAAUGUUAGGAGCAGCUGCUAUGUGUGAGUAGAUGAAGAUUAGACUAGAAAAUGGCCUCCUUCUUUCCUGGAAAGUGUACUUUGUCUCUUGAUGUUUGUGGUAGAGCUCCGGAGACCUCGUUGCCAUUUCAGACUUAUGCCUCUUGCUUCUCUGUGUGUCCUCAUGAAAACAGGGUCUCAGGUAUACUCGAUUCCAUCAGACUACUCCGGUAGUUGUAGGAAUAAUAGCAUUCAAUGCAUAGGAAACAGAGAGAAGAGCCAUCCUAAUGCUAAACUAUUUUGGAAGGAGUCUGGAAGUGUCCUGUAAAGGAUCAGAAUCAAAAUACUACUUCCUGAUGACCUCAGUGCAGCAUCACUUUGCUUUUCGCUUGCUGUUGCUUAAAUGCGCCUUGCAAUGAUUAUACAGGACAUACAAGUGACUUAGCCUGUUUUGGCCAACUGUGUGCAGUGCUAAAUCAAGUAUCUUGGUUUUCAUUAUGUUUAUAUGUAUGGAAAACAAGAAUUAGUUAAGAUUAAUUUAAGAUCUAAUUUUGAAUGCCUUGUAAUCGACUUGAAAUUGUAUUGUCUCUUGAGCCAGUUUGUGGAAUCAGUUUUAUUUGCACAUGGAGAAGGCUUUCAUCAACUUCACGGUCGUCUUGCUCACACUGUGGUCCAUCAGAAUCACUCAAAUUACUGUAAUUUAGAGCAUAUUUCCCUUCAAGUUGUGCUGUUAAGACAUCAUCAGCAGAAGUUAGCUACUGUAAGAGUGUUUCCUGGGGGCGUAAAGUCAUCUCGGGAUGUUACACCACAGCAGCCUGAAAGAACAGUCCUGUGCAGCUCAACAGGCGUGCUAUCUAUAAAUGUGACAUGACAGGCAGCCAACCUUUACUUUGUCAGCUUUCAACCAAUUACCUAAAAAGUAACACAAUGCAUCUACUCAGAAGCAAUUAGUACUUUCCAUGCUUUGACCAGUUGAAUAUGCAUUUUCAUGAUGACACAAUGUCGAUUGGCUUUAUUAUGCUUUUAACACUGCAGGCGUUUACUUGAGUUGAGUGGCUGAAGUGUUUUAAAUAGAGGCUGCAGGUAUGGAUGCAAUAACAGUUGCUCAGAGGUUCUCCUUAACUAUUUCUCUAAGCCAUGUCUUUUAAUAAUAUUGACACGGAAAUAGCACAGAUAUGAUUUAAGAGGUUGUACGGUUUGAAAACAAAACAUAAUCAAUUAAUGAGCACAAAAAGGCCUGCUGUUAAAUAGCUUGCUUGCUCCACAGUGUUGCUUUUGUUAAUACUGUGUAUUUAGCUCUAUUUGUUCAAACGUGAUAAUAAUGUAUGUCUGUGUAUGCUUGUGUGUGUGUGUUUGUCUCUGUAUUCGUUUUACUGAACUCCACUGUCAAUCAGAUGUUUGCAUGGCCAGUCUCAGAGUAGAUCGCUGAAAGAAGCAGAGGAGAUUUACAAGACUUUUCUUUCCUAGGAUGCCUCGGCCUGAUGGUCCUCUUUCUCUUUCCUGACAGACGUGAGGAUCUUAGACCACCAAUUGUGAACAUGAGCUGUGUAAAACAAACUUUUAACACUGAUAUGCUCCAAAAAAUUCAACCCUAUGGCAACCACUCGCUUGAGAGCAGGGGUGCGAGCAGGUUGGAAUUUGAAAUCAUGUGUUAGAUGUAUUGGACGGUAUGGUCCUUUUAUUCCCCGAGAUAGAUUUGAAUGAUUUCCUUUAGGACCACAGAUAAAUAGCUAUGUGUUUUGUGUCCUUGUUUCCAUUUCGACUGGGCUUCUCUGCUUUUGGUUUGAGAAAAAAAAAAUGGCUUAGGGUUCAGUUAAAACUACAUUGCUUCACAAAAUAUAACACUGAAGAGCUUGCAUGUGCAGUUUGUGUUGCCGUAACUCAAUGUCCAUGUAUAGUAAUCCUUGUCCUUUCUCUCUCAAUAAUAUAAGUCCGUGCAUGUUUACUUUAGAGAGUUUUUUGUUCGACAUAAUGUUUAGAAACGGAGGGUUGCUAUUGUCCUUCUUACAGAGGAGUAAGACAUAAAAAAAAGAGAAAAAGUAACUGUCAAUUCGCUUUGCCUGCAAGUCAACUUUGGGCAGUAUAGGUAACCAAAGAAAGAGUACUUUAAACUAGGGUUGUAGUGAAAACAGAAAAACAAACUUUAGAAGAAAAAAGGAACGUGUCAUCUGCGUAUAAGAGGUUGAGAUACUGCCAUUCAUGUCCCAUGUAGUGUUCCUUGAUGUUUGCCAAUACGUUACAAAACAUCUUCAGGUAACCAUUGGCCUUAUAGAUGUCCUCUAAUGGUAGAAUAUUGUAUGUAUUUCAAAAAUAACACCACAGAAUAGCUUAUCAUCUAUCUCAUAUGGUAACAGUAUUCCUAUUGUUAUGUCUGUUGUGUCUUUUUGGCACUUUAUUGUCCGACCUAUGAAUGCAUAGGUUAAAUUUCCAAUUACUUGAGUAAUGUCAUAUAUUUCUGUGUGUUCUAUGUGAGGUACUGCUGCCUAUGGAUAUAGAUAUGUGCCUCCAACAGCUCAUGACAUCCUUUGUUUUGAAAGUAGAGACUAGAUAUAUAACAAAUAUCUUUUAAAAUCGGUGUGAGAUAUAAAAAAAUAAGAAAAUAUAUAUCAUAUAUGUGAAAUGCAUUUAUUUAUUUUCAAUGUCAUCAAUCUUUGAGGCCCUA